ACCGAAGCACGCAAUCCCAUCGUUUCCGCUCGAAUUUUUCCCGCUUGUGAGAUUUACACUUGGCUUUCGGUGUAUGUGCUUCUUACACCCCGGAAUCGAAUUCCUUGGAAUACACCUUCCUCAGCUUCUGGGUUUUGGAUUUUUGCGUCAGAGCUUUCUUUUUGGGUGGAUUUUGUGGCCUACGAGCACCUUAGCACGCGGCACGUGUGGAGCUCCAUGCGUGUGGCACAUCUGAGCCGUGGUAAGUUUCCAAAGAUGAGGCAUGUUAAGGAGGAAGUCACAAGCAACAACGAUCAUGCGGUUGACUUCAAGUCAGCUGUAGAAGAAUUACAUGGGCGUAGCUCUCAGGAACUCGGUAGGUUAUUAAAGGAGUCUGAGACUUUUACCAUACAAGUCAAUGCUGAAAAAGGUUCUUUACUUCAGAUUGAUAUGGAGAGACUUUCAUGGUCUCUCCCUCUGCACCUUAUUGCGGUGCUUGUCUCGCCUGGUGGGGAUGACACGCGCAUGAGAUACUUGCUGCGUGGUGUUCGGCUUUUGCAUUCUUUGUGUGACCUUGCAUCUCGACAUAUGAGACUUGAGCAGAUUUUGCUUGAGGAGGUAAAAGUAACCGAACAGAUAUUGGACCUGGUAUUCUACGUCGUUAUUGUUCUUGCACGCUACGAACAGGAAAGUCAUGUUGAAAGUUCCCUACCUGUUCUGCAUUCAGCACUUGUGGUCUGCAGCCUUCAUCUAUUGACAGGAUAUGUUUCCUCACAGUGGCAAGAUCUUGUACAUGUUUUGCUUGUACAUCCUAAGGUUGAUGUAUUUAUGGAUGUAGCCUUUGAUGCUGUCCGCGUAGGCAUUCUUUUCUUCCAGAUGAAGCUGUCAAGACUGAACAACGAAGUGUCGUACAAGAAAUGCAGUCUUCUUUCUGCUGAAAGAACAACACUGAACCUUUGCCAACAAUGUGAGGCUUCUUUGCAGUUUCUCCAGUCGUUAUGCCAGCAAAAAGUGUUCCGAGAGCGCCUACUCAAGAAUAAGGAGCUAUGUAGAAAUGGGAGCAUUCUCUCACUAGCUGCAGCUAUCCUGAAGUUAAAAAUUCCACUAAACUUUAAAGAGUCCACCACCAUUACAGCAGCUGUAUCUAGGUGGAAGUCAAAAGUCCUCUCUAUUUUGCUCCAGCUCUGUGAGACGGAAAGCAUUUCUUACCUGGAUGAGGUUGCCAGCUCUCCAAGAAGCAUGCAUUUGGCAAAGUCUGUUGCUUUAGAGGUUCUUGAGUUACUGAAGGCUGCUUUCAGCAGAGAAUCCAAACAGCGUAGUAACCGCCUUGACAAAAAUAACCCGAAGGGUCUUGUAAUUCUCAAUUCAAUGCGUUUAGCUGAUAUAUUUUCUGAUGAUUCCAACUUCCGAUCUUUCAUUAUGGCUAACAUUACCCAAGUUUUGGCUGACAUUUUAGCUUUGCCUUACGAAGAGUUUUUAUCUAAUUGGUGUUCUACCGAUCUCCCGGUAAUGGAAGAGGAUGCAACCCUUGAGUACGACCCAUUUACAGCAGCUGGCGCAGUAUUAGUUUCGCUUACUGGAGGAUUUGGGAUUGCUCCACCAGCAUCCAAUCCUCUGAAUGAAACCAAUGUUGCAUGCCCUUUUGUUCUCAAUAGCACGGCACCAGUUUCUCAUGCACAACAGAGAACAUCAUUCCUGGUCAAAAUAAUUGCAAAUUUACACUGUUUUGUUCCUAAUAUAUGUGAAGAGCAAGAAAAAGAUCAAUUUUUCAACAAGUUUCUCGAGUGCUUGGAAGUGGAGCCACCUAAAUCAUCAUCUAGAUUUGUCUUUAGUUCAGAUGCGCAGAAAGCUUCCACAAUUUGCAAAAAUCUACGUUCCUUGUUGGAUCAUGCAGUAUCUUUAAUUCCUAAUUUCUUGAAUGAGGAGGAUGUGCAGCUUUUAAGUGUAUUUUUUGAGCAAUUACAAGCAUUAAUUCCUCCUGCAAGAUUCGAAGAGAAUCCAAUUCAGGAGCCUGCUGUUCAAGAUGUUAGGAAUACACAUGAGAACAAAUUCAGGAAUCCAUUUACGGAUUCCCAAAAUUCUUCACUCUGCUGGGAUAGAUUUCCUAGUGUCUUUCUUGGCCAGAGGCACCAGGAGACUCAAAAUACUGCGGGACGUGUGCCACCUCCAACUAGAUCUGUGGAAGAGGGUGACCUGAAAGAGGGAAUCUCAGAAAACUCAAUGUUCCAGGAAGUAGAUCAGUUCAGGCCCACGAGCAAGCAUAUGGAUCUACCUGAUGAUUUAGUGGAGAUGGAUAGAAAUAGAAGGAAAGAAAAGAUUCAAUCUAGUAGGAGAGCAUCUGGGUCUCUUAGAGAAAUUGAUAAAGACAUGCGGAAAUUCGAAAGAAGCGGUUCUGAUGUAAGCCCUAUGAAAGGAAAAAAUUGCUUUGAUCAAAAUCUGGAAAAUGGAGAGUUUCGUAACUUAGCAGAACAUGCGAAAGAUAGUGGGUUUAGAGAUGUUCAAGAAAAUGAGAGGUUAGAAGCUGGACACAAUGACGAAAGACAGCCAAGGAAACGGAAGCGAAAUAUCAUGAAUGAGAAACAAACUGCUUUGAUUGAGAGGGCCCUCUUGGAUGAGCCAGAAAUGCAGCGGAAUGCAUCUUCUUUGCAAUCAUGGGCAGAUAAGCUAAGUGUCCAUGGCUCUGAGCUUACAUCGUCUCAACUAAAAAACUGGCUGAACAACCGAAAAGCCAAGCUAGCUCGUGUGGCUCGAGAAGCUCGUGCACCAUCUGAAGGUGAAAGCCCCUUCCCAGAUAAGGCAUGUGGGUCGGGUCGUGGGCCUUUCUACGACUCACCAGAGAGCGCUGGAGAAGAUUCUUACAUCCCAUUGACAACCGCAAGAGGUAGUAAUCAAAGCACAUCAAAAUUUGGUGUAGUGGCGAGAACAGCAAGUGGUGAGGCUUCAGAGAUGCCCUCAUUGGGCUUGGUUGAUUUUGCGCCCCAGCAGGGCAUUCAGAUUAAUUAUGCAGCUGUGAGAUAUGUGCGAUGCGAUCCCGGCCAGUACGUAUCUCUGAUAGACGGUGAAGGGAAGGAAGUCGGCAAAGGGAAGGUGUAUCAGGUGGAAGGCAGAUGGCAUGGGAAAAGCCUAGAGGAAGCAGGAAUCUGUGUUGUGGAUGUUAUCGAGCUAAAGGCCGAGAGGUGGUCGAGGGUCCCGCAUCCUCUGGAAGCUGCAGGGAUCACAUUCGACGAAGCUGAAACUAAGAAUGGAGUGAUGAGAGUCGCAUGGGAUGCGAACAAGAUCUUCCUGUUGUCUCAGUAGAUCAGCAUUACUGUGGUGCCUAAAAUCGUUGAUUCUGACAACCCUAACGAGAUUUCUACAAGCUGGGGAUUGUCAUUGGCCACUUCCAAAUCUCUUGGUUGGAGAGUAAUGAAAAAGGAAGCUAACUACCUUACAUGCUCUGCUUCGGAACUUGGGUUCUUUGGAGGGGCGCUUCUUCCCGAAAGUAACUACUUGUUCACACGGAGGAGAUUUAACACAUUUGCUUAAGCUUAACAGCAUAUUGCUUAAUCUCCCAAAGGAGGCGCUGGUGUUGUUCGUGAUAUGACAUGGUCUGCAGUUCAAGUCACUGGGCCAUGGUAUCAUCAUUUGCUCUUUGGCGAAUUGGAGACUUGGGAAUCUUCAGUCGAAUUUUGGUAGUCUUUUCCUCCCCUUUUAAAUUCUUGCAGUGUUUCUGAUAUUGGCUCCUUGUGCAGUAGCACUUGUAUUCAGUAAGGGAUUAGCUUCAUCCUUGAUUGUUCGGCUAACCGUUUUAGUGGAGAAAUGAUAGUUGCAUUUCUGAUUA